GAAAUCGUCCACACAGUGCUCAUGAAGAGCAUGCGCGCCACCUCCACGAUGUACGGGUGCCGGAGGUUUGUGCGUGCGUGUGGUGCCUGCCGCCACGCGGUGCGGGGUGUGUCGGCGGAGGCGUCCGCUGCGGGCGGCGGUGCCCGGGCUGCCGUAGGGCAGAUGUACGCGCGGACGCGGAUCCUUCAAAAGUUGGUCUUUCGGUGCUGUUGUUGCCGCGACGAGUGUCUUGUCCGAGCCCCGCUCGUCUCCCAUACGUGUCGAUACCGGGUGCGUUUCGUGAAGCACCAAAUAUAUACGCACCUCUUCCGUCGCUUCUCUCCCUCUCCUCUCUCUUCCCGGCUUUUUGUGUUUCUUUAA